AUUUCUCAAGAGGCAUUUAUAACAUUAUCAUCAGUUUGAACUACCUUCUUGGCAAGAAUGAGCGACUUAUUCAAUCUCGACGUCCAGCGGACCCGUUUAUCCCGCCGUCACGGCCCCGAGCCUGGCUCCGCUCCGGCACCUACUCUCCCCGAGUUAUCUGCCAUUCAGACCGCUGAAGCCAAGCUCCCUCGGCCUGAUUCGGAGGACUACCUCCGAGGUGUCUCACAGGAAGAUGUUGUACGACACAUCAUACGGGACAUUAUUCCCGCGUGUAACGGCCAGGGCAGUUCGUCCCGUUACUACGGUUUUGUCACUGGUGGUACUCUCCCUAUUGCUGAGUGGGCAGACAACGUAGUCUCCCGCCUGGAUCAGAAUGUCCAGGUCCAUCUGCCAGCGCAGACAAUUGCAACUACAUUGGAGGAUGCAGCAUUGGAGAUGCUCGUUUCGCUACUGAGACUUGGAGAUUGGAGAGGUCGCACCUUUACAACUGGAGCUACGGGCAGCAACGUUCUUGGACUUGCAUGUGGACGCGAAGCCAUCUUGGAGGAGCGCGGGCAGAGUAUUGGUGAGGUCGGCUUGCUUGCGGCCUGUCUUUCUGCUGGUAUCAGGGAGCUCCAGAUCCUCACAAGUGCAGGCCACAGCUCCUUGUCUAAGGCAGCGAGUGUCGUCGGCUUCGGGCGAGGAGCUGUGAAGGAGCUGAGACUCAGCGACAGUGAGCCAUGGAGAUUGGACCUUGAGGCUUUGGAAAGAGAACUUCAGAAGAAAGACACCGCAAGUGUUAUUGCAUUAAGCGCUGGAGAGGUUAACACCGGGCGAUAUGCUUUAACGGGGGUUGAAGAGAUGCGUAAAGUAAGGGAGUUGGCGGACAGGUAUGGAGCUUGGAUUCAUGUCGAUGGAGCCUUCGGUAUCUUUGCUCGCGCUCUUCCCGAAGAGGACGAUUAUAAAAUUCUUCGUAAUCGUGUUGAAGGCAUCGAGUUGGCAGACAGUAUCACUGUUGACGGGCACAAGCUUCUCAAUGUCCCCUAUGAUUGUGGCAUGUUCCUCACACGAUCACCUGCUAUCCUUCAGUCUGUCUUCACCAACCCCAAUGCUGCAUACCUGUCCACGGGAGGGGCGUCCACUAUCCCCUCGCCUCUGAAUGUUGGCCUUGAGAACUCACGCCGUUUUCGUGCCCUUCCUGCGUAUGCCGUUCUCCUCAGUGAAGGCCGACCAGGUAUGGCGAAUUUGCUGGCCAAUAUGACUGCUUUAUCCCGCCAAGUCGCUGCGUUCUUGAGGGGCUCAGAGCACUACGAGCUACUCCCCGACGAUGGUGCUAACUUCAACGAGAUCUUCAUGAUUGUUCUUUUCCGUGCUAAAAAAUCCAGUUUGAAUGAUGAGCUGGUUCAGAAGAUCAACGCGACCAGGCAGAUGUAUGUGAGUGGUACAAGCUGGAAGGGAGAAAAGGCCGUGCGAAUGGCUGUGUCCAACUGGAUGGUGGAUGUGGCCAGAGAUUUCAGGGUGGUGACUUCUAUCUUGAAUCAUGUGGCCGAGGGAAAGGUGUUCGACAUUAACAACUGCUGAGGUCUAGGUAGAAAGGCCGUUUGUGGAUUACAGGGGUUUGAUCAGUUGAGGCUGGUUUUUGAAAUGAAUAGACAGCCAUAAGUUGACUGUACCAUUCGGACUGGUGAUCCCACAGUCGCCAACGAAGGCAAAGCAUUGUAAUAUGCAUGGCCUACAAGAUACACAUGGCCACCAGCAGGUUCAAGGAGAGUUAUUAAGGGUUUCGGGUUGCGUGAAAAAAGAAGUCGUCAAGUCUGUGUAUUGAAAUUAUCACGCACGUAUUGAUGCGUCGAUGGCGAAGAGUUCAGGUCGGAGUGGAGGAGUGGGGUGUGGAUAAACAUGAGCACACUGGUACUCCUGCUGGCUCAGCUGUAAGUUAUUAUAAACCCAUCUUUAUUAUAAUAGCAAAUGUAUACGAAAUAAG